CGAAAGUCUUAUAUGUGUACAAGUUGAACGCUUGUAAACAUUUUGAUAUAUUUGUAGAUAUAGUUAGAAAUGGAGAAAACUUUAGUUAGAUUAGGAUAUAAAGAUUUUAUACAUGAUGUUGCGUAUGAUUUCUAUUGUAAGCGCUUGGCUACAUCAUCCACUGACAAACUUAUAAAAGUUUGGGACUGUGACAGACAUGGCAACUGGACUCUGUCCUCCAGUUGGAAAGCUCACGACAGUUCUAUCUGGCGGAUACGAUGGGCGGAGCCAGAGUUCGGCCAGAUCCUGGCCAUCUGUUCUUUGGACAACGUGGCCUCAAUCUGGAAGGAAACACUGGACAAGGCGGGGCAGAGGCGGUGGGACAGGCUGGCGACGCUGAGGGACGAGCGCUCGUCGGUGACGGACGUGCGCUUCUCGCCCGGCUGCCUGGGGCUGGCGGUGGCCACCUGCUCCUCGGACGGGGCCCUGCGCCUCUACGCCCCCCGCAGCCACCUGCGGCCCGGCGCCUUCGAGCUGGAGCACUCGGUGGCCUGCACCCGGCUAAGGCUCAGCUGCCUGGCCUGGAACGUCGCCAUCUCCAACAGGUUGCAGCCAGCGAUGAUCGCCGUCGGCAGCGACGACGCCCAGCCGGCGGCGCCCAAGGUGGUGGUCUGCGAGUACGACCGGGCCAGCCACCACUGGUGCGUCACGGAGGCCCUGGACGCCGUCACGGACCCCGUGCAGGACCUCGCCUUCUGCCCCGGCGAGAGCGACGGGGCGUUCCACCUCGCCGUCGCCACCAAGGACGUCCUCAUCCUGUCCCUCAGAUACGUCGAAGAAGGAGCCAAGUCGGUGGGUGGCUUCGAGAGGUUUGAAGUGCAAACGCUGAUGCAAGUUGGUGCAAAGAGUGGGUGUGUCAGGAGAGUUUGUUGGAACGUCGCCGGCUCGAGUUUGGCUUCCUCCGGAGACGACGGCUUCGUGCGCUUGUGGAAAGCUAACCUGGUUGGUCAGUGGAAGUGCUACUGGGAAGAGGAAACUAAAAACCUGGAUGCGACGUGAUACUUAAAAAAAACCUCUUUAUAUUUUUUUUUGUACAAAAUUUUGUUUUCUGUCUAUGUCACUAACUGAACUUUUAAUUUGUAAAUUUAUACCAAUAUUUUGAGUAAAAUCAUUUUAUACUGCUA